AUGUUGCUGGAUCGUAUGGGACACGCCCUUGAGAAGCCUUGGAAUGAGGCUAAGCAACGCCUCGGCGCCGCUGAGGCUGGGACGACUCUGAGAGCCUUUCUCAUCAAGAACAUGAAGGUACGUCUAUUCACAAAUAACAGGAUAUCGGAGCCGACAUAUGGCGAGUGGCAGCCCAGCGAUAUCAGCCCAUGGGUGGAGGUAGAGACCGACACCGACACCUCGGCAGGUUCAAGUUCAGUCCACGUGCUCGGACAGCAUGGCUCCAGCAAUCCCCUGACCUUCGAUACCCUCGUCUGCAUGUGCAACUAUGUGCCCACGAUGAGACCCGCCACCCUGACAUUGAUGGAUGUCGGGGAAUGUGUGGAAGUCAUUGACAAUUUAUAA